ACUAAUCCGAAUCCUGCCGCGUGUAUCUGUUUCAUUCCCCCGCAUGCUUUUCUUCAAUUCGUUGUGGAUGAAAACGCAGUUGGAUCUGACGAUGUGUAACGACUACUGACCCUUUGAGUGAAGCUAAUGCGUAUGGUUGUAACGAAUACCAUCUGACGAGUGUUUACCUGAGUUCAUUGACGUCUUUUCCAAAUCUACUCAAUCAAAUAGUAAGGACGAGAUCCAACCACAUGGCGAAGCGUUUCUUUCGAACUCUUGGGCGGUCGCGUAAGCAGGAAGAUGAUUUAGACUCCGACAGUGGACAUUCGUUUACGGAGAGAAGGGCUGCCUUACGUAGUACGAAUUUUUCGGGGGAUGAGCUCUACUCAGAAGAAGAUUCAAUCUACGAGCCAUUAAAUAUCUCCAAAUUCGAAACCCGAUUCUUGAAAGUUAUUCGAAUCCCACGUAAUCCCACCAAACGCAUGAGUUUCGAGAUAGAGAAGUUCUCCCUCUCCCGUCCACCAAAUUACCUCACCUUAUCCUACUGCUGGGGCGAUAUAACUCAUCUAUCGUCUAUUAGGGUGAGUGGGAACAAAGUUUAUAUCUCGAAGAAUCUGGAAUCUGCCCUUCGCCAUUCGGGGUUUGAGCCUGGGGAUUAUAUUUGGGCUGAUGCUAUUUGUAUUAACCAAGAUGACGACAACGAGAAGGCUCACCAAAUUGGACUCAUGGGUCAUAUUUAUUCAAAAGCUCAAGAAACAGCAGUUUGGUUGGGCGAAGAAAGCCGAGAUACACCACACGCCUAUGAUCUCAUUACCGAAAUCCAAGCUCUCGCCAGUAAUUCUCAUAUGAACUUUAUCCCGAGCGAUGAGUUUGCAUCGGCUCUUCGAGAUACGUAUUAUCCUAUACGUUCGCUCCGUGGUCUCUAUGAGCUUUUAACGAGGCCCUACUGGGAGCGCGUAUGGAUUAUACAGGAGAUAGCAAAGUCUCAAAAGGUUAAAGUGAGAUGUGGCACUUACUGUUUUGAUUUAGCCGCUCUGUUAGCAAUUUCCGAGCAUGUGGACGACUUAUCCAAGCAUAACCACACCCUAAUUUCUGCCAUCCAAGAGUUCCGAGAACAGGAAAUUAGCGCGCAACGAGGAGGUCUACGUAUGCCCUUGCUACAAGCAUUGAUAAGAAGCCGUCAUUCUCUUGCGACCAACCCUCGCGAUAAAGUCUAUGCUCUGCUCAACUUGACUAGAGAUGGUAACGACUUAAUCCCAAUGCCAUCAUAUACCGAGUCUGCCGGAGAAAUAUUUAGGGAUCUCACGAUGACGUUUCGCCGCUCGCCAUAUGCGAUGGAAUCCAUAAUAUUAUCACCAUGGGUCCCUUUGGUGACAAAAUCCAAGGCACACUCUUGGGCCGUUGAUUGGGCAGAUCUCGCGUUCAACAUACCACCUUGGUUGGCAUCAAACAUAUCUACCAGGUAUAUUGCACGUUCAGGAGAAGAACCAAAUAAACUGCUUGAAUUCUCAAAAGAAUUAAGAGUUCGAGUAAAGCAGCUCGUCAAAAUAGAGUCUAUCAGCGAUGCUUCGAUGGCGUAUGCGGUCCAGCAACAAGUGCCGGUAGAAAAAGCACCUAGUAUCAUGAUCUCGUUCUGCUCCACGUUAUGGGGUACAUUCUUCUCGAAAACCCCCAAGGUUCCCCAUGCUGAGCUUGUAUGGGCGUUGGUCUACAUAAUAGCAUAUGAUCGCUCUCAGACGAAUUGGGAUUCACGCCGUAGAGCGGCCCACACCCAAGAUGUCAUAAAACAAUUAAGCUGGCUCAUAGUUGACUCGUUCCCUUUAGCAAUAUGGGCGAGGGAAUGCCUCAGCAACAGAACAGCUUUCUUCAGAGAAUUGGCCAGCACAAUGCCAACAGAAGAUGCGAGAACGUUCUACUCACUUAGAGAUGAGCAUGGUAUGCAGUCUACUGGGAUCUCCUUAAGUGACAAGAUUUCCCCUUUAAAUCCCCUCCAUGAACUGUCAGUGGGUGCCAUGCACGUCUGGGAUGAGCUCUUAUCGAGUCUCGACAUGAGACCUGAAUACGGGUUCCAGUUUGCUAUAUGUAAUGGAGGUGACGUCGUUCUUGUGCCCUACGCAGCAAGAGAAGAAGACCGGAUAUAUCAGGUCCACGGUUGCCAUUUGCCUGUAAUCCUACGGAAGAAUUUCUUCAUAGGAGAGGCUUGUAUUGGCAUAGAUUCUGAUGGCCAUUGGAUCGCGGCUCGGGACUAUCCACGGACUGCAGAGGCAGAUACGACGAAAUAUCUAUACCUGCGACUCCGGAGAGGGACAGAUGAUGACUGAAGCUAAUCUAAUAUGUUAAUUUCCUUGCAUAAUUGUAUAUCCAACUACGUACCUUCAAACUAUUUCCUAGGCUUGGUGGAGUAGUUGCGACCUGAGUGUCUACCUGUCUUUGCUCGAGAUACAUCUUCCUAGAACCAAAUUACCAACCUAUGCGUGUAGCAAGCAUGAAAUGCAAG